AUGGUUCGGCACUUUCCCGCGCAACUUAGUGAUUUAGUCUCUUCGAGUUUCGAUGUGGGACUCUGGGCGUCAGUUGUGGGACUGCCACGUGUCAAAGGGGGCGAGGUUGCCCUAAUGUUGCGAUCGGUGGGUUUGGUACCGAAGGUGGAUGCCGAAGGCACACAUGGCCCUGGAGUCCCCCAAGUCCCCUUGCGAGAGUUCUCGGAAGGGGAUUUGAAGUUGUCUUCGGAAAGAACCGUGGCCCUACCGUUCGAGGCUGACGUUGGCGAAGUCAGAAGUCGCGUCGAGCUGACGGGCGAAGGGACGUCUGACCGCUUCGACUUCCGCGCCUCGCGUGCCGUCUGUUCCCCACAGGAUGAGCGACACGUGGCGAGAGUAAUGAUGGCGCGCGGCGCAUUAAUGCGCCGUUUGGUUUUUCGAGGCAUGCCGUUUCGCGCGCUCACCCUAUAA